AUGUCGUGUUUUUGGAGCACAAGUUCAUGGAAGAGUGUGAGCACUGUCGAGAACCAUCAUCUCCAUCAUCACCAGCUCCGUUAUCACCAGCUCCGUUAUCACCAAACCCUCCUAAAAGAGCUUAUGUUGCAGACCCAGCAAAGUCACUACGACUUGAUGGUUAUAAUCAUUAGCCGGAAUGGGGAACAAGAGGAAGAUGUAGAACCCCAACAGGGUGAGCAGGGACCAACAUCAAACAGUAAACAAAUUCGAGCCCAAGACCAAGCACAACCGAUGGAUGCUGAUCCAUCAGUUUCCAAACUGAGACAGCAGACUGCUUGGGGUAAAACCCGCGGUAGCGCCACUUACGGCGAAUCUCAAAAGAGACAGAACGCAUCAGAGCGUAUGACUGGACAGAGUCACCAGAAUGUUAACAACAUUUCUCAAAAAGACUCGGCCCAAGACCAACAAUACGCGCGUAUAGUAGAGUCCGCCGUCGCAGAGGCUAGCGAUGAGAACGACUCCAUACCGGACAAUGAUUUGCUAAAUUUUUUAGAGAACGCUCCCAACUGUCGAAACGUUCUGGCAUCCGACGAUGUCAUACUCAUGUACCCGAACUUUCAAAAACCUUUCGACCUCACAACCGACGCUUCUGCCGACGGGAUUGGAGCAGUGUUGUCCCAGGGCGGUGAGCUUUCCUUGACCUACACAAUCGAGACAACGGACAAGCCUGUUAAUCUCUUUAGAAACCAAGUAAUCCUAGAAGAGGCACGCUACAACUUGCAUCGGACACUAAUUCUAUUCGGCAGCAAAACUUACCAUGUGAUACAAUUCACAGACAAGAACGAUCUCCUUAAAUCCUUAAAGCUUGUAGUGAACCGUGAUGUUACAGAGGACAGUGCUGUUAACGAUGAUAACUACAAUGAUAAAGAUGAUGAUAACGACGUUAAUGAUGAUGACUACUCCGAAGAUGAGGAUAAUGAUGAUAACAACGAUAAUAAUGAGAACGACGGUUACGAAGAUGACGACGAAGAUGCUGAAAACCCAGCAUGA